AUGGCGGCCACCCGCGCUCGCUCGCCCGCUUACUCCGCAGCCCGACUUGCAGGUAGGAAAGAGGCCCAUUUGUUUGUUCCCGGACUGGCAGGGGCAGAAAAGCUCCCGGGCCGCCACGAGGAGGAAGCGAGGCGCUCGGCUUCGCUCGGGCCGGGCGUGGGCGGUGGGCGGAGCCGUCCCGCCCAGUCUUGUGAAACUCCGGGCGCCUCGGGCCACGUGAGCGCCCGCUCGUCUUUCUCCAAACUACAACCACCGCCCGGGCCUGCCGGGGGGCCGCUGACAGAGCGUAAGCCGCGGUGGGUGAGAAGCGCUCCACCCUCACCCCCCCCCCCAAUAUCCCGCCGAGGAAGCCGCGCCUGCGGGCGGGGUGGGGGGGCGGCUCUGAGGAAAGCCGCGCUUUCUCCGGGCGGGCGUGGGCCGCGGCUGCGGUCUCCCAGGCCCUCCGCACACCUCAGCCCAGAGGCCCGGCCCUACCGACCGGACUCCAGCCCUCAGUCCCCGCUCCCCCGACCGCACACCUCGGCCACGCGGCCCAAUCCCCGUCGAAAAUGCGCUGAACUUCGGCUCCCGACCCCAAACCCCGGCCACGCGGUCCCCAGCUCCGUGGGCAGCCUCCGCACGGCUAUGGCUGUGCGGCGGCCACCUCGGCCCCGUUCCUUCCGAGUCCGGAUCCCACGCCCGCCAUCCAACGCCCGCCGGGCCCAGGCGCCAGCACACCCCGCCGGCGGCCCUCACCUCCGGCUUCUCGGCUCCACGCUCCCACUCACAUCCGGACCUCGCCGGCCCUCAGAGCACCUAGAGGAGGGUGGAACCCCGGGGACUUGGCAGUUGUAGCUGAGGCAGUUGAGGCUUGUUUACUGUCACCAUGGAAACCCCCACAGGCGCGCUCGCGGGACGGCCUCAGCGGGGCGAGUCAACCGCGCGGCCGGCCUGCUCCUCAACUCCCGCCUGCCGAGCGCCAGCGGCGCCUCCGGAAGCCCUCCUGAUCCCCGGUCCGCUCCCCGCUCGGCCCACGCCCCGAGCACCCGGAAACAGUAGCCCGGGGAGCCCACUUUCCCUUCCCACAGCCGGCGUGACCGCGGGCUGGCCUUCCCCGAACCCCACCUUCAGGAAGACGAGGCGCAGUCCUCCUUCCACGACGGAGCCGGAAGGAUGCAAGACGGUGAUGGGGCGGAGCCUCAGGCAGCGGACAUCCGGGCACAGGGCAGCCGCGGCGCCAUUCUGACGAGCCCAGAACGGAGCCUAGGAUUGGCCGGGGGAGGGAGAGGGGCGGGACUAGAGAGCUGUGGACCCGCCUCUGAGUCCCGGAGAGGACAGUGACGGCGCAGGCGCAAACAUUGCGGGGGGGGGGUAGCAGGGGGAGGGGGCGGGCAAACGAGGGGGGGGGGGGAGACAGCAAGGUGGAGGGGGUUGUCCAUAAAGAGACCUGUGGGCUGGUGAGUCGGUGGACGCUGAAUUCUGCACGCGUGUCUCCGCAUCCCGAAAAGUGAUCCCAAAGGAAUCAAUGACCGCAUGCGUGCGGAAAACUAGAAUGGUGUCUUAUGUAAAAGAAAGACCGCCUAAGGGCAUCUCAGGCAGUCCGGAGGGAUUUGUCUGAAGUUUCUAACUCUCAGCACUAUGUGAACGCUGGGACAGAUUUUCUUGAUGUGUAAUAAUUUGGGAGGAUUCUCUGCGAGAUGUCGAGAUACAAGCUAAAGUGAAGAUUAUUUUUGAAGCUUCCAGAGCCGCCUAGGCGGGCGUAGGAACACGAGCUGGUUCCUACGAACUCCAUUUCUGCAUGGAGGCGGCCGAGGCUACAAUGCAUGGUCGCGAGCUGCUGUCUAUAUAAACACUGGAGAAAUUACAAGGCCGUUCAGAAUAAUCUCUGGUUAUAAGUGAACUACAGUGAUGAAGGAAACGUUUAUAAAACAACACACCAGACUAACUCCAGAAAAAGGAAAGAAAACUUUGAGAGGAAAACCUGUCCAAGAAGAAAAAUAGAAGUCAAAUGAUAGAAAACAGAUGCUACAAAAGUUAGAUAAGUAUUCGUGAGCACUAAACCCAGAGCCUUGUAGUUGGCAAAUUACAUCCCCCACCUCUGAUGUUUGUUUGUUUGUUUGCCCAGGGAGUGGGGCAUUAAAAUUGUUAAGUUCGUGCGA